AUGGAGACAGCUAAAGAAGCCAAAGAAAACUCCCUCCUCGCAAGUCCCGUCCGGGACUACGUGGCGCUGGCGAGGCCAAGGAAGACAGCGCCCUCUUUCUCCUCCGGCCGCGCCGCCGCCGGCCUGCGCCCGCUCUCCGCUCCACUGACCUCCCCGCGCCUCCUUGUGGUCCCCGCCCUUCAGGCCCCGGCCCCUCUUUCUUCAUGCCCCAACGCCUGUGGGCCCCACGCACCGCCCGAGGGAACAACCCCAGAGAGCAGCGAGCAAGGGCCGAAGCCUGCCCGCGUCCCGGCCCUCAGGCCAGCCCGGCGCGAUAGCGCGACCUCUGGCUACAAGCCUGGGCUGAGUCGGCCCCGCGCAGACGCGGCACCCGAGAGCUCCCGCGCAUCCCGGGGAGGGAGUUUCUGGUGGUGGCGGGUGAACUUGAGUAGAGGUAAGGAAACAUCUUACGGCCUUCUUCCAAGUGCUAAAAGCGUCCCUCGCAGCCCGCCUGUUUGCUGGCAGCCUCACCCUGCUGGCUUCCAGGAGGGCUUUGUCGAGCACUGCCGCGGUGUUGGAAACCUUGUUUCAAAGUCCAAGCCUAAGCGAGUGGGCGAGACGCGCAGAGGAGCAUGGGUGAGUGGGCACCUUCCCAGCACCCUCACCCAAUGUCUCUCUUCCCACUGCUCAGAGGACUGGUCAUUCAGACAAACGCCGCGCGGCCCUUUUGGGAACAGAGGCGGUCGAGCUUCUGUCCGCGAAAAUCUGGAUCCUUUAGAAUCCGAACAAUAUGCUUGCGUGAGAACGCAAAAAGAGAUCCACGGCGUGGGUAUGCACCGACUGAGAACAGCAAGUGGAUGGGAAAGAACCUUGACAACACAAAACUCAUUUGCUAAUGGACUGGUUUUGGGUUUCUCUUCUCUGAGUCCGCAAAUCUCUCUGCCUGAGCCCCAGGCCUAUUCAGACCUCGUGGGGAGCGGCGUCCCCCAGGAACAGGUGGGCUGCUGCUCCGGCGCCACGCCGGCCGUCAGAGUCGGAGUUCCCAAGGGUCGAGGGCACCCGGAGUUUCCGACUAAGCACAAGAAAAAUAAUUUUGGCACUUCAGCCCGGAUUUGGGGAGUCUCCGCACUGCCCCAGAGCGAUGACACGAAUUUAUUGAAGAAACACCUCUCUGUGCCCUCCCUUUCCAAAUAUUUGUAGGUAGAGUAGGAUCCUCCCCGUCGUUCUGGAUGGUGAAAGAAUUCCAACAAAGCUGCCCGGGAGCCCCAAAGUAUCUUGCUCCAAGCCAGAAGGGAAACAAGUGGGUCCCAGCUAGGGGUGUUUGCAUCAAGGCCUAUGUGAACCCAGCUGAGAAACCCUAGCAACUGCUAAUGCUGUCCCAUUGAAUGCUUUUUUGUCGACUAAUUAUGCGCACGCGGCCGUUACCUGCACAGAGGAGGCACUGGAGAGCCGAAACCUAGCAUCGGGCGCUCCUUGCCAGCGGUGUUCUCUCCCGAGCCGCGCUGCGGCGAGGGCAGCAGCCGCUGGCUAGAGUUGCUUGUUUCCUUUAAAUCUCCAACGCAUCUCUGCUUUUCGUGCGAUUUGCAUUGACAGCAAAGGUUUUAUGUUACCAGAACAACUCAAACCUUUCUGCGUGCGAUUUUAAAUGGAUCAUUUGGUUUAGGUGGUUUGUAAAUUCAUGUCAUUUUAUCUUUUUUAGUGAUUUUCAGUAAAAGAUUCCAUUUUGGGAAACCUUAUAUAUCCAAGCCAAUAAUUAACAUUUAUAACAAUUGGUUCCCCUAACCGAGGGAUCGAAAUAGCAGGUAGACUCCUUGGUAUAAAGCGCAGAGCACUUUCCAUUUCCAGUUACUCGAUCUAUUGGAUUAAGCGGGAGA